CUGAACUUGUUUAUAUGACUGAAUUAGGAGUUUAAAAUACUCUGUGUACUGAAUGUUUUACUUUACCUUUCUAUGUAUCUCCUCUCUUCAGCUAGACUAUGAGCUCUUGAGAAACAAGUCUAAAUGUGACAUCUCUGUGUCUCUGACAGUCGCUAGCAUCUCUUACGAUGCAAAGAGAGAGCGCAAUAGAUACUCAUUGAUUGCUGGAUAGAAACCAUUCGUGGUGCUCUGGUUAGCACUUUUUUUUUCCCAAGGAGUUUGCUCACUGCAUAAGCAUUACAAUCCUCAAUUUAUCUUUCGGACACUGAGGUUGAAGGUGACUAAGUGAAUUGUACCAUCCCUUCCGGUGGUUCUGAAUGCAUUAUUGAUUAGCAGCAGAAUUGACUAGCAUAAAUGGCAGUUGAGGAUUUUCUUCCUCUCUUGUACCUUGUGUCGUUUUGGCAGGAGAAGUGAAGGGCAAUUUUCAAGCUUCUCCAAGAGCUGCAUGGUAAAUAAUUGCUGGAUAAAUUAAUAUCCUCUUCUAGAUGAGAGCAAAACAAGGGGCCAGAUCUGGCUGUCCUGAUUUUGCUUUCCUUGUUCAGCCCACUGGCGGGAGUCGCCCUUGCUCUUGGUUCAGGUCCCAGCUCCUCCCUUGCUUGUCUGUAACUGUGAGUGAGUCAUGGCAACCUUGCUGGUCCUCCUUUUUCCAACUGUCAAAAGAGAGAUGAGUUGCCACCAGAUGAUGUCUUAAAGUGCCUCUGACUUCUGGAAUGGAAGACGCUCUGGAAACCCAAAACGUUGCAAUAAGUGGACUCUUUGCGUGAUAAGUAACUCAUUUUCUCUUCUCCCCUCAACCAAAUUUUCUGCUGAGACAAGAAGAAGGGAGGCAAAUUCCAGCCGUUUAAGAAGCUGUUUGGCAAAAGGAAAAAGAAAGACACUUCGUUGUCCCAGGAGGCCUCAGUGAGGAAGAGCCAUUCUCCCCGGAGUGUCAGCAAUGGGACCUUCUCUUCCGAUGAGGAGACCCUGGACGACAAUCUAAGGUCCUUCAACUAUUCUAUGGGAACCCGGGCGUUUUCCCAUGACAGUAUUUUUAUCCCUGAUGGGGGAGCAGAAAGUGAGCAGACAGUUCAAGCAAUGUCACAGGACAACAUCCUGGGCAAAGUCAAAACUCUUCAGCGACAGUUGGGCAAGAAUAUCAAGUUUGGGCAGCCACCACCCAAGGCCGUUCCCAUGAAGAAGGCAGACAGUGGGGAGGCUAGCUUAGAAGAGGAUCUGUUCCUGACCAGUCCCAUGGAAAUUGUGACUCAGCAGGACAUCGUCCUCUCAGACACUGAGAACAAAUCCAGUGCUACGCCAAGUUCUCUGAGUCCUCUGAAUCUGCCUGGAGCCCGAAGUGAGAUGGAAGAGAAGGUUGUUCCAGUUAAACCGUCUCGGCCAAAAAGACACUUCUCUUCUGCUGGCACCAUCGAGAGUGUCAACCUAGAUGCCAUCCCCCUGGCCAUAGCUCGCCUGGACAACAGUGCCGCCAAGCACAAACUGGCCGUUAAGCCAAAAAACCAGAGGGUGUCAAAGAAGCACAGGCGACUUGCCAGGGAUCGACCAAGUGAGCAAGAUGGCCUUCUGCACCCACUGUCCCUGGACCAGAAUGGACACCCUGUGGAAGACAAGCUAAUUUUGCAUGAAGAGGAGCCAGAGCUGCUGGAACCUGAAGAAGAGAAGAGACGUCAAGAAGAAUACUGGCGAGAACUUGAGGCCAAGUGCAAGCGGCAAAAGGAGGAAGCAGCCGAGAGGAGACGGCUGGAGGAGCAGAGGCUCCAGGCCUUGGAGAGGAGGCUUUGGGAAGAGAACAGAAGGCAAGAGCUCUUGGAGGAGGAAGGAGAGGAAGAGGAGGGAGAAGAGAGAGAACUACAGCUGGCGGCAGAAAAGAGGCAGCAGGAAGAGGAGAGGCAGAGACUGGAAAGGCAAGGUUGCCAAGGCCAAGAGCAGGGGGAGCAAGAGGAAAGAAGGCACCUGGAGGCCGAAGAGCAGAAGCGUCUGGAGGAAGAGGUCCAGCGACUGGAGGGCCUCACUCAGCAGGAGGAGCUGGAGGCACAGAGCAGGCAGGAAGCCGAAAAGCAGCGGCAGGAAGAAGAGGAAAGAGAGUUGAAGGAGCUCAGAAGACUGGAGGAGCUGGAGGAGCAGAGACGGUGCGAGGCCGAGAAGCAGUGGCUGCAGGAGGAGGAGAGAAGGCUGGAGGAGCUCAGAAGGCAGGAGGAGCUGGAGGAGCAGACAUGGCGGGAGGAGGAAGAGAAACGAAUGAAGGAGCUCAGAAGGCAGGAGGAGCUGGAGCAGCAGAGACGGCGAGAGGCCCAGAAGCAGUGGCUGCAGGAGGAGGAGAGGAGGCUGGAGGAGCUCAGAAGGCAGGAGGAGCUGGAGGAGCAGAGACGGCGAGAGGAGGAAGAAAAACGAAUGAAGGAGCUCAGAAGGCAGGAGGAGCUGGAGGAGCAGAGAUGGCGGGAGGAAGAAGAAAAACGAAUGAAGGAGCUCAGAAGGCAGGAGGAGCUGGAGGAGCAGAGAUGGCGGGAGGAAGAAGAAAAACGAAUGAAGGAGCUCAGAAGGCAGGAGGAGCUGGAGGAGCAGAGAUGGCGGGAGGAAGAAGAAAAACGAAUGAAGGAGCUCAGAAGGCAGGAGGAGCUGGAGGAGCAGAGAUGGCAAGAGGAGAAGGAGGCAAAGAGAAAGGAAUUGCUGAAAAAGCAGGAGGAAGUGGAGGCACAGAAGCUACAGGAAGCAGAAAAGAAGCAUCAAGAAGGACUGAGAGUGGAAGAUGAGAGUCAGCCGGAGCUAGCUGACAAAAGUGGCUUGAGGAGCCCACUUCAGACUGACUUUGCAGAGAAACCAGAAGAACGAGAACACCUGAAACCUGAGAAGCAAAGAGAAAACUCUGAGGAACCAAGCGUUUGUGAGAAGCAGAGCCGCGAGGCUGAGCCAUCAGGAGAGCAGCAGGGAAAGCAGGAGGAUGUUCACGGAGAUGAUCGUGUACGUCAGGAAAAGAGAGAAGAAACUAAAGUGCAACAUCCCCGGAAACAAGAGGCGCAAGGGGAAGAGAAGCUGGCUCCAGUGGAGACGAAAGAAGCUGCCGCUCCAGAAAAAGAGAGAAAAGUGGAGGAGCUCAGGUGGCAGGAAGUAGAUGAGAGGCAGACCAUGCCCAGACCCUACACCUUCCAGGUAUCAUCAGGAGGGAAACAAAUUCUCUUCCCCAAAGUCAAUCUGAGCCCAGUGACGCCCGUGAAAGAUGCAGGACUUGCCUCUGCUCCCCAUGAGCCAAAGGCCCCCAAAGCCAGCCCGGCCUCCCAUGCCCUGCCCUCGUCCCUGAGCAUCCCCCACACCGCCAUCCUGGUCACAGGAGCACAGCUCUGCGGCCCAGCUGUCAACCUGAGCCAGAUCAAGGACACAGCGUGCAAGUCUCUCCUGGGCUUGUCAGAAGAAAAGAAGCAUCUGGAUGUCCCCGCCGUGGAGAACCCACCCCGAGCCCCCGUCGAUCCCCGGGCAGGCAGCGGGAAGGCCAAGCCUCCCCAGGAGUCCCCGAGCAGUGUGGCCGCACUGGCUGAAUGGGCGUCCAUUCGGUCCAGAAUCCUGAGGAAUGCAGACAGUGACCAGCGCAGCGAGAGAGAUCAAGGGCGUCCCAGGGAUGGGCACAGUCCGAGGGGCCGAAGUGAUUCCCGAGGGAACCUCCGGAAGACCCUGCCAGUAAACGCAAAGUUCUCUAUUAUGCCUGCCUGGCAGAAAUUCUCUGAUGGUGGCACAGAGGCCUCCAAACAGAACACAGAAGCAGAAAGCAUUAGAAAAAGACCUGUGCUAGGUCCCAGCGAAGAGACAGCACCCCAGCCCCUGGCUGCUGAUCCUCACAAGCACCGGAAGGGUGCAGAGAAACUGACGGUGCACCGGGAGCCAACGGACACCACAGAGGGAUGCAAAUUUGCCAAAGACCUUCCAUCUUUCCUUGUUCCAAGCCUUCCUUACCCUCCGCAGAAAGCUGUGGCCAAUGCAGAGCCCGUGACCACUUUGGACAGCGAGACCACAAGUGGUAUAGGAAAGCCAGACCCCGUGAUGCCAGGUGGAGAGGAAAAAGCCUCCCCUUUUGGGAUAAAGUUGAGAAGGACCAACUACUCCUUGCGCUUCCACUGUGACCAGCAGGCAGAACAGAAGAAGAAGAAAAGGCACAGCAGCACAGGGGACAGUAUCGAAGGGGGGCCGCCUGCACCGGGAAGCACAAACGGAGAGAAAGAGACAGACGGUGUGGCCCUCAGGCGUGGCCUUUCACUCCCUGCAGAGAGGAAGCAAGCCCUGUCCACCUGGAAGGACCCUGCUGAGAGCCCCUCCAGCCACUCUGCUCCUGCAGCCCAGCCCAGGCCCCCACUGGCGAGCAGCCAGACUCUGGCUCCAGAGCAGGACAAGGCAGCGAACAGGAUGCCCUUGGUGCAGAAGCCAGCCCUGGCUCCCAAGCCCGCCAGUCAGACCCCGCCGUCCUCCCCACUCCCCAAACUGAGCAGGCCCUACCUGGUAGAGCUGCUGGCUCGCCGGGCUGGGAAGCCCGACCCGGAGCCCACCGAGCCGUGCAAGGAGGGCCAGGAGAGCGGUGCCCCCCGGCCGCCCUGGACACCACCCCUGGAAAGGAAGGCACAGAAGCGGGAUAAGGAGGAAGAGGUGGAAACAGAGAGAAGGUUCGCCUCCCCGGCUCCCUGUGCCACCAGGCAAGAGAAGCCUUCCCAGACCCCCGAGGCCGGCAGGAAAGAAAAGCCAGUGCUUCAGAGCAGGCACUCUUUAGAUGGCUCCAAACUUGCGGAGAAAGGUGAAACGGCGCAGCCCCUGUGGAUAACGUUAGCCCUGCAGAAGCAGAAGGGGUUUCGGGAGCAGCAGGCGACUCGAGAGGAGAGGAAGCAGGCCAGGGAGGCCAAACAGGCAGAAAAGCUCUCCAAAGAGAACGUCAGUGUCAGCCCACAGCCUGGAAGCAGCAGUGUCAGUAGACCUGGUUCUCUGCACAAGUCCACCACUCAGCCUGAAGAGAAGCAGCUGGAGACCGCAGUGUCCAGGCUGGAGCGCAGAGAACAGCUGAAAAAGGCCAACACUCUUCCUACAUCUGUGACAGUGGAGAUCUCUGAUUCAGCUCCCCCAGUGCCGCUGGUGAAAGAAGUCACAAAGAGGUUCUCUACCCCAGACGCUGCCCCUGUGUCAACAGAACCAGCCUGGCUGGCUUUGGCCAAAAGGAAAGCCAAGGCCUGGAGCGACUGUCCUCAGAUUAUUAAGUGAAGAGUGACCCUCAUCCAUUUCUAUUGCCAGUUAUUGGCUCCUCUCUUGCCCUUUUUAUUUAUUUAUUUUUUAUAUGAGGUAAAGAAACCAAGCUAGGGAAAAGAAGCAUGUUUUAUAGGCUCUAAAAUAAUGCUUAGAAACUGAACUGGUGGUGUUCCUUGUAAAGAGUGUAUUUGCACAACCUAGGUCCUGGUGCCUUGAGCUCCUAGUUCUAAAGAGAAAAUUUUGUCCAAGGGACCACAUGAAGCAAAAUCUCUAAACUAAGAACUCAUGUGAGCCUGCCAUGCCCAGUCCAUGGCCCUUCUACACAUGUCCAUCCACACACCAUUCAGAACAUGUACUUUUGCCAAUCUUUGUAAUGGCUUCUUGAUUCUCUACUCCAAUUUCUUUUAUCCAGAACAUUUACCCCAUCAUAUGUUUGGGGAUUUCUACCGUUUUCUACAGUAAUGGUGAAAGGAUCAUAUAUAGAUAGAACCAGGAAUGCUCAUUCUCCUGAAUGCAGUGAGUAACUGGGAAUCGUAAAUAACAGUCGGGCUCUCAACUCUGUGCCCACGUCUGUUUUUCGUGAAUCUUCCCCAACCCGCAACCAUAACAUAGAGAGCGAAUCCAUUUACAUUUCUACCACACUGGUAGUCCACAGGCCCCGUAAUACCAGUACUCUCCUUAAGGACGUGGUAAAUUUGGCCCAGUCGGCUCCUAGAGAACAUUUUUAUUUAAUAUGGUGAAGAAAGGAUGCUACAAAUUCUCUUUCCAUCUCUGUGAAUCCCUACCUAGUGCAGUGGAUCUUAAGAUGUUCAGGCUCCAUCCCCGGCCUGCUGAAUCAGAUCCUGUGAGGAUGGGCCUGGGAAUGUCUAUUCUGGCAAAAACUCUUCAGCUGAAUUCCAAUGUAGCCCAAAGGUUGUAGAACCUUGGGCUGUACUGCCUCUAGGGUGAUCUGGUUUCUAAAACUGAAGGGGAGGCUCAUUUCCCCCCAAGAAGUAAAAGUGAGACAGGAAAAAUAAUAAAACAAUCCCCAAACCAGCCAUUUAUUACAAGAUACAAGAGCCUAUUGACGUUACAUGUCUCUGAAAAUUCCCUUAGGUCUUUAGGGAAAGGUAACAGGAAGCCAAGAUUUGGAGCCUUUGUACUAAGAACUUCCUGUGGGAAGUUUCUUUACCGUAAUCAAGUAAUUUAUAUUUAGAGUCAAAUGUGCAGUAGUAUUUAUAAUUUAGAGCAUUCACCUUGCUAUCAUUAAAAAGCAUCCCCGAAUUUUAAGUGGCCUUGUUGUUAUACACAUGUGAUAGAAAGAAGGGACCUGGCAAUUUAAAGCCACAUAUAUUCAGUUUUAUUUCCCUAAAUUUGCUUUAUAUGAAACAUAGACAUAUCAGCAAACCCACACAUUGCUGGUACUAACUUUGUAUUUCAUCGUGUUGGCAUAUAUUCUCCUUUUUUUUAGAUUCUGACCCCGAAAUAUAAAUACAAAUCCUUUGCCCAGUGCAGGGGGAUGUACAUCUUUUUCUCUUCUCCUACAGAAACACAUUUUAUUGGUAUCAGUCAUUUCCCUUUAUGCUCACUCAAUAUGCAAUGUGCUGUUGUUCUAUCAUUUACCUUAAAGAAAAGAUGACAGCAACGUUAUUUACCAUAUAGAAGGCAUUUUCUUUCUGGAAACGAUGGCUCAGCCUCAUGGUAGCAGCUGGCAUGUGUGGUCAAGUGGAUAGUUGUGCUCUUGCAAGUUGUACUUAAUAUAUAUACUGGACCUUCAGACUGUUAAGAAUCAAUGUAACUUUAAUUUUUUUUUAUUGCUAUGGGAGGCACUUAGUAUUCCACUGCACGUUUUCCACGCUGAUGUUCAUUUCUAAAUCGAAUAUGUAGGCAUUUGUUAGUUUCCGUGAUUUCCUCACUAAUAUAACACUUUUUAAGGGGAUCUUUUCACCUAGAGCCCUGGAAUUAUAGUGCUACAGUAAUUCUUCUGAACUGACUUUUUCUUUCAUCCCAUCAGCUUUCAAUACUAUCACAGUAAUAACAGAGAAUAGGCGAAGAAAUCAGAUUAUUAGCAAAGAAUGGUGAGUGAGUUAACUCUGCUGACUCAUAUGCCAUCCAGCCCAUACAAAGUAGGGGAAAUACCUCAGUUAAAACGUUUCCAUCAAUCUUUAAACGCAUACUGAAGAAAAGGUCAGUUACAGCACUUCUUCCAGCAACUUCUAAAGGAUACAUGUUUAAUAUUUCAUGUAAAAAUUACUCCAAAUUUGCACUAAAUACCAAUGAAGUGUUAUUUUGCUUUAGUUGUUUUGCAGUCUUUUCUGAUCAACAAACUAGGGGGGAAAUUCUGUAAAAACAUAAAAAAUUCAAGACUUUUUUUUUAAAUGAAUGACUGCUAUGUUAAAUACACAAGCUUUUUUUUUUUUUUAACAAAUGUAUACUUCUGGCAAGGUUAUAGAUGAUUAACCUCUGUUCAUAGACUUAUAUAUAAAAAAUUAGAGUUUUUUUGUUUACUUUUUUAAUUUUUCAAGUGCAAUUGUUUCUUACACGGCAUAUUAUUAAUUACUAUUAAAUUAUCAUUUUAGCCAGUUAGCAAAUUAUAGUAUGUAUUUUUUGUCUCUUCUUGUGACAUUUCGUUUAAUUGCUUAUUUUAAAGCAGGAACAUUAGAGUUACAAGCAUCUUGCAAUAUUUUUACCAACAAUAAAAUUAAGUAGACUUAACAAUCAAAAUACCUUAAUGUGAUUUUAAUAUUAUUUUGAGAUUUUGGUUGUAUAAAGUUUUAAUGUAAAAUGUCCAUUAUUGAAGGAAAAGAUCUUUCAAUAAAAAAUACCCACAAGA